GCUCACAUCGUCCACAACGAACUGGUGCUGGUGAAGAAUUAACAUAGCGCGGUUAGUAUUGCGGAAAUUGAUGACUUUUUUAUGUUGUCCCGACAAAACGCCAUCGUAAACAAACAGUCCUCACGAACGCGGUAAAGCAAGUAUUUUUGCUGCAUAUAUCGGAAAUAAAAAAAGGAAGUAAAUUGAGCAUUCUAGUUAAACAAUGGCAGGCUUUAAUCCAGUAGAUAUGGUGGAGGAGGAUGCGGCCGAUUUACAAUUUCCCAAAGAGUUUGAAAGUGCGGAAACCCUUUUGAUCAGCGAAGUACACAUGCUGCUGGAACAUCGAAAGAAUCAGAACGAAUCCUCGGAGGAAGAGCAGGAGUUCUCCGAGGUUUUUCACAAAACGUACACCUACACGAACGAGUUUCGUAAAUUUCGUAACAAGGAAACGAUUGCCAGCGUUAGAAGUUUGCUGAUGCAGAAAAAACUUCACAAAUUCGAGCUUGCAGCCCUGGGAAACCUCUGCCCGGCAUCGCCGGAAGAAGCAAAAGCUCUCAUUCCUUCGCUCGAAGGCCGCUUCGAGGACGAUGAGCUGCAACAGAUACUGGACGACAUUGGCACGAAGCGCAGUUUGCAAUAUUAGGCUAUUCCUACCCUCAGUUCUUUAGUAGGGCUCAUUGUAACUAAACGCAUCAGCCAAUCCGGUAACUAUAAAGUGAAUAAAAUACAAAAAACAAAUAGACUAA